AUGAAAUAAACGACGAUCUGGCAGAGACCAGUUGUUAGAAUAAACUUGUACAUGUCUUCGAGAUGUUAAGUCUACAGAAUCAAAAGAAGCUUUUGGUAUUUGCUUCCGUUAUUUGUUUAGUUUGUUUAGUGUUGGUUCAGAAGAAUUCCUUUAAAACGCGCUUACACUAUGCCUUCCACUCUAAUUCUUCUCUCGGUGAUGGUUUCAUUUCUUCAAGAACCAAUGCAUCAGAUGCCGAACUUGGUAGCGGACCAAAAAACUCUUCUAUUACUAUCAAACUUAAAAAAGUCGCCACGAAAAACAACCUCAACAUAACGGGGAACGUUACUCUGAUCGUCAUAAUUUCAACGGCGCCAGAAAGAAGCCAGCGAAGAGAACGAAUACGGAAAACGUAUUGGAAACACUGUUAUAAUGAUAGCGAGGUUAGAUGUUUUUUCGUAACUGACGGAAAGGUCAGCAGCAAUGUCUCAAAACAGCUUCAAGAAGAAAACCGUCGCUACGGAGACAUGGUAUUUCAACCACUAGCUGGUGGAAGAGAAUUUGGACUUCGAUUCCUUCAUCAAAUAAGAUGGGCCUCUGCUAACUUUAACUUUGAAUACUUCCUUCGAGCAGAUGAUGAUUAUUUUAUCUGUUUAAGCAGAUUAAUCCAUGAACUAAAACAUCGACCAAAGGAGAAUCUCGUGUGGGCAAAUUUUCAUUGCGACGGGCAAAAUCUCGUCUGGCCGGAUGAAGCGUGGAUGGUCUUCACCAGAGACAUUAUACAUCGGUUUUUAGGYCAAAAUAAGACGGAAAUGUUUUGCCAUCCUCAUGCGGACCAGCAAAUAGCUUUGUGGUUGAACAAUAUUCCUUCUAAGUUAUAUUUCCACGAUCCACGCCUUCAUCAUCAUCCGCCGGCUGCGCAGAUGGCCCAGUUUGCGGGAAUCAAAAAUAUUUGUGAUAAGUAUAUGGGCCUUCAUGGAGCCUACCAGGACAAAAUGAUCGAGUAUCAUAAAGCAAGCAACGAUGGUAGAAAGAAUGACGUACCAAAAAUAAGGAACUUUCACAAUUAUUGUUCUCAUAAUACUCGCUUUGCCUGGGAUAAAAUAGGCGGAAGGUACAGGUUUGAACCCAAAUUAUGUGGCGAGAAACCCGAUUGGUUGUUAGGCCAUGAUUCUUGGAAAGGUGGAGAAGCAGGCCAGUGGCGCCGCCGCCGGUGAAUUGAAGAAUCGAUGAAAGUGGUAUAUAAUAAUAAUAAUGAUGAUAAUGAUGAUGAUGAUGAUGAUGAUGAUGAUGAUGAUGAUGAUGAUGAUGAUAAUGAUAAUAAUUUUUCUCAUAAAAUAGUUCAUCUUUACUCUCAUAAAAUAGUUCAUCUCAACCGAACACUACUUAUUAACUGUAUUAAUAAAUAAUAA